AUGAACCUAUCGCUCCCAUUCUGGCUGCUGUUGGCUCUGAUCGGACUGUUUGCCACGGUGACCGUUGGGCAGACUCCGUGCCCAUCCUCGACGCGUGUUCGCUGUAACAUCCUCUGUCGCAGCUACAGCAAGUUCUCUUCGUGCAGCAAUAGUGAGUGUGUGUGCGUCGAUAAACCUACUACUAAAAGUCCUGCCUAA